AUGGCCCUCACUGUCGGUCAGGUCUCCGGUCUCAUUGCUGCAGCCGUCACACUUAUUCACCUCAUCUUCCCAAACGCGCUCGUGAUUGUCCUCGUGGGUCUUCUGGGAAAUGAGCACAAUGCGGUAACAUGGUCUGUUGCUCAGCGGAGUCUCUCAAGCUCGCUAUGGCCCUCGCUUUUAAGAACCGAUGCCUCAACCGGUCGAUCCGUGAACAUCGGAGUACGCCUCCUGUCACUCCUGAGUCGGUUUGGUCUACUCAUGAUCGCAAUUGCGGCUACCGUAACUCCGCUUGGGCUUCAUGAGGCUAUUGUCCCAACUAACGGCAAUGUGGCUGUUCCUUUCUCAGCUUUUCAAGACACUUCGCCGAUGGGCAUAGGCACACCUGCGCGCAGCAAUGAUCGUUUUACCAGAAUCUGCGGCUCCUUUGGACCAAUCGUAUGCCCCGGAAGCAAAACACAGAUCAACUACACAUUGGAUCCAGAUGACAACACGACUGCAACGGACUACGACGUUGUGGGGACAUAUGAUGCCAUGGUCCCAGCAGCACUGAUCGAGCUGUAUCAGAGUGGCCUCAAUGAUCAGCCGGAGACUGUCUCAUCAUUCUUCGAUAUUCAGACUCGUCAAUACACAAAGGUCGCUGAUCCUCAGAAAGAAGAUGGAAGGCCUUUCUUGGUCGACUCUUUCCGCAUGCUUGAGCCCCUUAUUCUCAACGACGCGAUCGAGGCCAAAGAGGGCCUGAUCGUCGACACGAAACAAGGUCAAGUGGGCUUCCGCCACCACAUGACCCCCAGCCACGUAGGCGAAGGCGCAGAAUGGUCUGAAGAUCUGCUGUUCCUGGAACCUAUCACAGAAUGUGUCGACACCAACCUGACGCUCGAGUUCAAGAUCCCAGAAGAUGGCAGUUUGGGAAGCAGCGGAAUGUCUAACCUGACCCUCAUCGACAACGGGGGCUUCUCGAACUUGAUCCAGGAGUAUCCACAGAUGAACGUGACAACCUCACAGGAGGACCCGCAGCUUCGAUUUAGAGCUUAUAAGGCAGCUUGGAUCAUGAACGUCUACAGUAUGCUUAUCAUGAAUAUUACAAGGCCAAAUCCAGACUCAUUCGGCUAUCUCAACUCCGAGCCUGGUCAACGUUGGGAAAUCGCUGAGGGCUUCGGCAGCCCUGGCUCGGCCAACGCAAUCUCCGUCGACACACUCUUCUCCUCACUGGUAGAUCCGACCUCUAACGCGAAGAGCAACAGCACCAACAGCGUCACAAACGAGACCAGUCAAACUGGUAUCUACGACAAUCCAUUCAACAUCACGUCCUCCAAUUACAGUGACAUCUCCCUACUUUGCCAUGGAGCAGGUGGUCGAGACAACGCAAAUGCAAGCAACAUCUUCGUCCAGUGCGGUCUUGUCUAUGGUGCCGCACGCAGAACAGACGGCGUAGAGACACUGAUCUUCGAGCCCGGAGACGUCUACCAGCAGUCAGUAUACUCAUGUGCUUCCGCCACCCGCGCUAGUAUCAAGAGCGUCACCAUGAAAUACAACGCCACAGCAGGGGACUCCCUCAAAGCCCUGACCAUCUCCAACAUCUCAGAGAAGGCCUACAGCGCCAAUGAUGGCCCAAACCCCCCACCCCUCUGGGGAAUCGAGACCGUCGACAUAGCUCUUUCCGACAUCCAGCAGCUCUGGGGCUUGAUCGACGAGUCGUACAAAGACGAUCCCAAUGUCACCGCUAUUCGCGCCCCGCACCUACACCUGCCCGGCUACAGUUUGUCUAGCGGCCCACCGGUCGGAUUGCCUGGGGUCGAGUUCAUCCCUGGCGCAACAGCUGUGAGCAGAACACUGGCAGGUAUGUAUGGCGGCAUGUCUUCCUCUGGCAGUGGCGCGUACGACUACACUGGUCAGUCGAAUCUUGCGCUCUUCCAGAAGUGGCAAGGUUUGAGCACCAGUAUAGAUGGCGUGGCUAAGAUGUUGAACUUGGUGUGGGCCGAUACUGCAGCCAACUACCUUCAGGGCACCAGAGGUUGGGGAUCUGGAAAGGUCACAGACGCAAGUGGCGGCAACCCUAGCGCAUCCCGACUGAAAAAGCGACAGAGCGAUAAUGGCAAUCAAAGUGUCAUGGUUCCAGUGCAGCUGUACGAGAAAAAGAUCCAGUACCACUGGGUCUACGCCAUCCCAGCUUUCAUCGUACUGGCUACCUUCCUCUGCGUAAUGGCAGCCAGCUGCUGCUGCAUGCUCCUCCGCAGCGGACCAAAGCGCACACGCUAUUACUUGAACCACCUCAGCGCGGGCAGGCUGCUGGCCGAGCAGCGCUAUCCCGGCGCGGUGGACAAACAAGUCAGCACCGCGACCUGGAUCAAAAUGGCCGGCAAGUAUCCUGUCGCUCUGAAAGAUGGGCACGGCUACGGGCCGGCAGCGCAGAGUCUAGUUGGUGGUGGUGGUGGUGGUGGUGGUGGUGGUGUUGCUGGCACACCCGGUGGAAGUCCCUAUACUGGACCAGACGGCUUUGACGAGCGCAAACCUGGUGGGAUGGCUAGUUCAACCGAAUUGUCGUCUCUCAAUCCGGUGGAAAGGCAGAUCAAUGGCCAAGGCUAUAUGAGGGUGCAUUGA